GUCAGCAGUAGGCUCCUGAGGCAGUCCGUCCUCCUCCAACUCUCCUCACUACAUUCUUCAGAAAGAGGGCCUUCAGGAAACACACCCUAAAAGCGCAGAACAUGAAGUUUCAGGGAAGCCUCUAGCUUUGAUACUACAAAACUGUUGUCUGUUGAAAACUUGUAUCAUAUGUUGAUUUACUUACUAAUUCAUGUAUUUGAACCAUCGUGGGAGACCUCCGCAUCUUCAGCUCCUCUCGCUUUGGACCCUGUUUCAGGCAGGCCAGCCAUGAAAGGGUACCUGGUCGCCAUAUUCCUGAGUUCCAUCUUUCUCUACUAUGUGCUGUACUGCAUCCUGUGGGGAACAAAUGGCUAUUGGUUGCCAACUGAAGAAAUGAGGAACAGAAACAAUGUCAGGAAUUGUUUUAAAAAGCCAGCUUUCGCAGAUCUUCUGAGGUUCCCCCAGUUUUACCCAUUUCUGUGUAAAGCUGAUUUUUUAAAGGUUGCUGCUGCAUAUGGUACCAAUAAAUUUCUGUUGCCCUAUGGAAUAAAGACCUACGAGCCAUAUUUCAGCUCGGCCCUUUCCAAACUGCAGAGUUGUGAUCUCUUUGGCGAGUUUGACAGAGCGCCAUGCAAAAGGUGUGUGGUGGUUGGUAACGGAGGAGUGUUGAAGAAUAAGACCUUAGGAGCGACGAUUGACUCCUAUGAUGUAGUCAUAAGAAUGAACAGCGGGCCUGUUUUAGGCCAUGAAGAAGACGUUGGAAAAAGGACAACCUUCAGGCUUUUUUAUCCAGAGUCUAUCUUUUCAGACCCCAGUCACUACGAUCCCAAUACUACAGCUGUUCUCAUUGUGUUUAAGCAACAGGAUUUAAGGUGGCUGACGGAAAUACUGCUAGGUAAAAAAAUAAAUACUGAUGGGUUUUGGAAGAAGCCAGCCUUAAAAAUGAUCUAUAAACAAUACCAAAUCAGAAUACUAGAUCCAUAUAUUAUCAGAGAAGCAGCUUUUGAACUGCUUCGUUUUCCCAGAGUAUUUCCGAAAGAUCAGAAACCCAAACACCCUACGACAGGAAUCAUUGCCAUCACGUUGGCAUUCCACAUCUGCAGUGAAGUUCACCUCGCUGGUUUUAAGUACAACUUCUACAAACCCGACAGUCCUUUACACUACUACGGGAAUGCCACCAUGUCUUUGAUGAAGAAGAAUGCAUACCACAAUCUGACUGCAGAACAGCUCUUUUUAGAGGACAUUAUAACGAGAAAAAUGGUGAUCAACUUGACUCAAAAUUGACCGUACAGAUCCAAAAGAUGACGCUAAACAGUAUUAGUUUUAUUUUUGUACUGCAAAUUUUAGUUUAUUUUUAAAUAUAUCGGAUGAACUUCUCAAAUUAUGUAUAUUAAGUCUGUUGCCGCCUGGUGAUUUGUAACCACCAGCUAAAAUUUCUGUGAAUAUAUUUAUGAAAGACAAGAAGAUUUUUAGUUAAGAUAUCAGGGAAAGAUGUAAAGUUUUGAUUUAUGUUGUUUUUAAACAUUAUCUUUUUAGUGUUCUCAGAUAUUUUAUCUUUUCAUAGUUCCUUCAUCGUAAGUGGUCUAGGUGAUUUAGUUGACUACACUGAUAGCCACAUAUCAUUUUGAGACGCUUAUUAACAUUGGUUACUCCUGGGCAUGUGCCUGGGAGCCAGGCACAGAACACUAGAAUCGCUUGGUUGUAGACGUCCAUGGUGUCUGCAGGAGUUUAAGUCAGUAAUAAUUUAGUAAUUUGCUGUUAGGGAGUAAAGAGAACCCUGUCCAUGCUUGAAAAGCACUCUUAACUAACGAGCAUCCUGAGACUUUGAUUUUGGGGGUGGGUGGCGGUAGUGGUGAGGGAGCAGGUUCUUACUAUGUAGCCCAGGCUAGCCUCGAACUUGGUUCUCUGGCAUUACAGCUAUGUGCUCCUGCACCCUCCAGCAUCCUUUAGACAGGGUCUAUGUAGCUCUGGAUGGCCUAGACUUGAACUCAAGAGGUGAGCCUAUCUUGUGUGGGAUGAAGGGUAUAUGUCAGUGUAACUGUUCAAAAAAAAAAAAACUUAAAUGUUUAUAUAAAGAAAAAUUGAAGAGUAAAACAAUGCAGGUAAAAACCUUAA